AUUUGUGACUUGUGUGUGUACUUUUGUUAAACAGGUUAUAAACAUUUAUUUUAUGUUUUUAAAUAUAUCUAAAACUUUAGUUAAUAGUAUAUCAAUAAAAACAUUUAAAACAAUUAAACAUUUUCAUUCAACAAUGUCAAAUAUUACAAUUGGUACACACAAUGGAUGUUUUCACUGUGAUGAAGCAUUGGCUUGCUUCAUGUUGAAGCAACUACCGGUUUACAAAGAUGCAACAAUUGUCAGGAGUAGAGAUUUAAAAGUUUUAGAUACUUGUGAUAUUGUGGUAGACGUUGGUGGUGUUUAUGAUCAUUCAAAAAAACGUUAUGAUCAUCAUAUGAGAGAAUUCAAUGAAACAGCAGAAACUGUUAUGAAAAAAUCUGAUUGUAAUUGGGACAUUAAGCUUAGUAGUGCUGGUUUAAUUUAUUGUCAUUAUGGUCAUGAUAUUAUUCGUAAAAUUGUUCCUGAAAUACUUGAUGAAGAUGAUAUUCAUAUUAUUUUUAAAAAUGUUUAUGGAUCACUGAUUAAAGAAAUUGAUGCAAUUGAUAAUGGUGUACCAAUGUUUGAUGGUGAACCAAAAUAUCGUAUUGUUACAAAUGUUGGAUCAAGAGUUUCAAGUUUAAAUCCAAAAUGGAAUAGUGUUGAUGUUAAUGAAGAUGAACAAUUUUUAAAAGCUGUUAAACUUGUUGGAGAAGAAUUUAUUGAAUUUAUUGAAUAUGCUGCUCGUGUUUGGUUACCAGCAAGAUCAUUAGUCAAGAGUGCUGUUGAUAAAAGAUUUGAGAUUGAUCCAAGUGGUGAAAUAAUGGAGCUUUCUAGACCACUUCCAUGGAAAGAUUUUUAUUUUGAUUUACAAAAUGAAUUAAAACUUGAACCAACAGUUAAAUAUGUUAUUUUUCAAGAUAAUAGUAAUUCAUCAUGGAGAGUUCAAGGUAUUCCAGUUGCUCUUGGUAGUUUUGUUUGCCAAUUAUUUUUGCCAAAAGAUUGGGCAGGACUUAGAGAUGCUGAACUCUCAAAAGUAUCUGGUAUUGAAGGCUGUGUAUUUGUUCAUUCAGGAAGAUUCAUUGGUGGUAAUUUAACCAGAGAUGGAGCACUUCAAAUGGCUAAAAAAGCUCUUGAAAUUGGAAAAAACAAUUAAUUUUAUUAUUCCAGUGAAGCUAAUAAAUUUUUAAUAAUAAAAGCAAUAAAUGAUUUUUCUAUUAAACCUUAUUUUAUUCCAAUGUGAUUAUUACAAAAAAAUAUUUCCAAUAGAUCGUAUACCUCGGUGUUAAUUUCUACCGAGAUAAUGGCUUGAUAAUGGAUUUCAAUAUAAGUCCUGUUUGACACUGAUUGCAUUAGUAAUAUCAUACACCAGAAACACAAGGACAUGAAAAUUUAAAGACUUACUACAAAAACUUUCCCAUGAUCGGAAUCGAACUGGAGACCUUUACGACACUAGACCGCAAUUUUACU